AUGUCUUCACAGGGCAACGCAUAUACUAUGAUAGUGCUGGCUGCGGCUGCAGCAGCAGUUUUUGGCGCAAAUUACACGGUUAAGGUUAUGGAACCUUGUGUCCAUGUCAGAAGCACAGAUUUAAAGAACGCCUGCAAAUUCGGAGGACUCCAGCUCACGUCUGUUGGCGGCACACUGUUAUAUGCAAGUAACUGCAAUGUGCUACUUCCUAAGCAGACCUUCAGGAAAAGACCGGCGGUGCUUUUUGGAUACGCAAAUAGGUGUGAAAAGAUAGAAGCGACUGUAACGUCACUUUCUGAACAAGCGUUGCCGACAAUCGUGGAACUCUCCCGAAUGAUUAAAUGUCUAAAAUAUAAUUCACAGACAAAGCUGUAUACCGUAAUGACUGUCGAUCCCGAUGCACCUUCGCUACGCCUUGGACAAUUCUAUCUUCACUGGCUGAGAAUUAACGUUCCAGGAUCCGCUUUGGCUGAUGGCGAAGAUAUCGAUGGUCUUGAUAUUGCACCUUAUACCGGCCCAAACCCUCCUCAAAACUCCAGCGAUCAUCGAUACAUGUUCUAUGUUUUUGAGCAACGUGAUGGUCGACUUCAACCCAAGGACAUCGACCGCAAACCCUUUGACCUUGACGAGUUUAGAGGAAAUAAGAAAUUAUGUGGACCACAAGCUGGCAUCCAAUUUCGGGCCAGAUACUAAACUUAUGGAAGACAGAUCUUGUUGUAAUUUUAAGAUUUAGUUUAAGUUAAUAUUGCUAAUAAGUAGUACUAUAAUUUAACGCUAAAAUGUAAUUAGUUUUA